AUGUUUCGUCAAUUGGGAAACUUUACUAAAACAAGAACAGUUCAAGUUCAGAAUUCCAUGUUAAGCAUAAUUAGAUCCUCCUUCAAAACAGCUCGUGGUGGAUCAAGAAGGUCAGAUCUCAGCAAAGGGGGUGGUGGACAAAUUAAUAACAUUAAUGGAAUAAAGGAGGAGAAGAAGGGUUUGACAAACAACUCCAAAAAUUCAGUUUCAGAAUGA